CUUUUCCUGAUCAAAAAUGGCGGACACCAUGGAAGAUUUCAGUAAACUGAAAGUGACAGAGCUGAAAAAGUUACUAAAGGAGCAGGGCUUGCCAAUUACAGGGAGCAAGUCUGACCUGGUUGAGAGACUUAGCGGGACCAUGAAAGUGGAAUCCCUUGACAGUGAUGCCCUGAUUGAUGACAAGUUAUUGGAGACGACAGCAGAAGGGGCUGACCUUGAAGAUGCUGUUCUUGAUGAAAAUGUAGAUCUCACUGAGCCAGCUGCAAAACCAAAGAUAGAGCCAAUCACAGCUAGUGCGAAAACAGAUACCAAGGAAGAACCCAACACAGAGGACAAGGAAGCUACGACAAAGCCCAUUUCCACAUCACUUACACCUGCAGAGAGGUUAAAACUCCGGGCUGAGAGAUUUGGUGUGGUAAAUGAAGACAUGAAGAAACAGCUCCGAUCUGAAAGGUUUGGAUCAAAAAAGGAGGGUGGAUCAAAAGCUGGGGCAGGCUCAGGAGCUGACGUUGAUGUACUAAAGAAGAGAGCAGAGCGGUUUGGCCAGGUCUUGUCUUCCUCCCUCUCAAAGGUCGACGAGGAUGAACGUAUCCGUAAACGCAAGGAGAGGUUUGGAGAAAUCACCACUGCAACCAACAACACUCCUAAGAUAGCUAAGAUCACUGUUAACGCAAAUCCCGCCGAUCAGGAAAAGCUGAAGAAACGAGCAGAAAGAUUUGGGAAAGCGUGAAUGUUAUAUUAGACAUUUCGUGAUUGCAAUACAUACUAAAAUGUUAACUAGCACAUGACAUUGGUUAUGUAAUGGGGUGUAGUAAACGAAUCAGGUACCGUCUAAUGUGUGUUGGCUUAGAAUGAAAAAAUAAAGGUAUCUGAUGCUUAAAUGAGAGAAGUUUUGGGAGUUCGUAUUUUUGUUCUUUUCAACUGAACUUGGAAGUGAUAAGACAAAAUUUUCAAUCUUUCAAAGUCAAGAAAGAGUGUUUGAAAUAUUUUUGUUGGUAUAAUGUGUAUAUAUUUCUCCUUUCCACAUCAAACCCUUUCAAAUGAUACUUAUUAUGGUACAUCAGAUGCCUUUAGGUAAAUUAAUGCCAAUGUAAAUUAAUUGCUAGAUUUUUGUCCAUUUUAUUUGGGGGGGGGGGGGGUAUCAUUUAUGUUUUUAAUUUCAUUUUUUCUUAGAUGACUGUUUCACUGAUGAAUAUGUGUUCAUGUCCUUUCUAAUUACAUAACGGACCAUAUACAUGUGUUUCUAGACGAACCAUGAACAAGAUUGUAACCUUUUCCUUUUUUAAAGUCUAUUAAAUAUAGACACUGUAGGUAUGAAUAACUGAUAGCUGUUCAACAGCUGUUCCCGGGGAGUAAUGGACCGAUACGCAAAUACCGAACCUUAUCCAACAUUUUUAUUUGAAUCAGUAAAAUUUAAGGGGUGGAGGGGGGAUAAAAAAGAGGCAGGAAAAAAGAGAUACGGUUUUGGGGCGGGGGCAUGAAGGAGAAGGGGCUGGCAGGGAUGAAAAUCUAAUAAUUAAUUUACAGUCAUCACAUUAUUUUAAACAGUCAUAGGAAUUUAACUUUUGGAAGAAUUAAAGGCCCAAGAUCUUAUACUAGUGCUUGGCAUCAAAAUAUAUAAACACAGCAUGCUUUAUAAAAUCCAGAAUUUGAGUAGGCCCAGAAGACAUUUUACCAGUGUAGGGCUUGUGGGCUCAGGUGCUAAUUUCCACCACUGUUGAUGCUGAAAGUGUCCCUCCAUUAUGUUGUCAUAAAGCUAUAUCUUCACAUCAACUUGCUCAGUUACUGGUAGUCGUUCCAGUAGUUUUGUAUUGUAAAUCAGCUUGGUCACUAAGGACGUAUUUAGGACAAAUUGGUCGAGUCUUAGUUAUGUUUGUUAAGUUGUUCUUCUAUGUGUGUUAACAAACUAAUUUGCAAGUUAGAUAUUGUCAGUGAAGUAUGAAACUGGAAUAUUUAGGACAUUGUUGUUUAAAUAUUUUAGAGAAUAGCGUACUUACAAGAGGAAACCUGACUGAAGCCGUUAAUUGUCAUGACCUGUAAGUCAAAGUGCAUCUUUUGUAUGAAGUACCGUAUGUAUUAAUAUGAAAAGUAGAAUUCUGUAAGUAUUUCAAAAUAGAAGAUUAGUAAAGGCAUUGAUUAUUGAAUAAAAGGUAAGUUACUGUAUUUUUGCACGUACUUGCUCAUAAUUGUAUGUUCCUGGUACUUGCAGACUGUGUGACUAUUAUUAGUAGUAUUAUUGACGUUUGUUUUUUAAAACUAAGCUAGUAUUCAAUUUGCACUAAGAUAAGAUUGAAUGUAGAAAUUCCAUUUAAUUUUGAAGAAAUCAAGAAAUGCAGAUUGCAGGUGUUUUCUCAUUGUUGGCAACAAUGAUAUUUCUCAAUAACUAAACAAAAUACCAUGGGAAAAUUGAGUGGCAAAAUCGCAUUUUAAUGAAUAUGCAUGACCACUCUGUUUCCAAUGAAAUCGCAUGUUACAAUUAAAUACUCUUCAAUAACCAGAUAAUGUCAGUUGUCUCCACAGGCAAGUGGUCUGUGUAGCUGUUUUAAAACUUGUAGUGAUCUGGUGGAGAGAGUUCAAUUCCAGAUAGUAAAUAUAUUAAGUUUACAAUUUACUCUCGUCCGAAUACUUUUCAUUGUCUGUGCACAUUUCCGCAUGGGUUCCUUGCAGAAAAAAUGAUAUUGCCUCAUUAAUUAUUCAUGAUUGCGCAAUUUUCCUAGCCGAAUUGCCCACUGUUCACACCUAAUAAUAGCAUAAUACAGUCAUACCCCGUUAGCUCAAACUCCCAGGGACCGGCGAAAAUAGCUUGAGCUUUGGAAAGUUUGGGCCAAGCGAUGUUAACCUUCAGUAUGAUGAAAAUUUGUCCUUAACAUCCAGUUCUAGCAAAAAGGAUUUCGAGUCAAGCGAGUUCGAGCCAACGGGGUUUGUCCAGGGUAUCCCACAAUGAUGUUUUCUUUACUAGACAGCAGUUUCAUCUGUCCUUUGCCUUUCUAGAUAAUGAGAUGGACUCUUGAAUAAGAAAAGUAGUUCUAUAUCGUACUCCUACUCCAGUAUACCUGAAAUGGAAAUGCAAUGAUAACCGGUUUAGUUUGUUUAGGCAAUACUUUAUAGCAUUUGUAAUAAAUAAAUAAUAACUUUCACAGAAUAUGCUCGGAAAUUAUGCUUAUUUGAAGUAAUAUUUGGUUUCAACUCGAGGGGGUGAAUGCGAAAAGGUUCUAAGUGACAUUAAAUAAAGAAGCAGAUAGAACCUUUUCGCUUUCACCUCUCGAAAUUUACUGCAAUCUGUCAAGUUGCGUGAACGUAUAGUUAUUUUUUACGUUUUAUACAAAUGAAAUAUUUGCAUAUCUUGAGCAUUUAAUUCUAUGAAGGCAGGAGGAUGCACAUGCUGGUCGCCAUGAGGGCAGAAGGAUGCUACCAAAAAAUGACAGGGUGCAGACCCCUUCCAUAUCUGCUUAGCAUAAACUCUAUAGAAAGUUGCAACCAUUUUGGCUAAUCUCUCAAAAUUAAAGUUGGCUUCGUUUACUCUUGGCAUAAAAAUGUAUUUCUGUAGAUUCUGUUUAAUUGAGUCAGACCAGUUCAUGUACAUUAUAGUUUUAGACAAGUUAUUGAAGCCAAGUUUUAGACCAGAUUUUGAGUUGGUACUAAAUGUAAAAAAAAUCGUAUUGUUAUUAACAAGUUAGUUGUGCCGCAGUUGUCUGAGACAAUGUAGUUAAGUCUUUUGGAAUCAUGGAUUAAUUAUUGAAUCAUGGUAGUAAUAGUCCUUCCCCACAGCAUGUUUAAUUGUAGCUUGAAUGGCAAAUCAGCCUUUUUAAGUUUGUCUGUUUUUUGAAGAGGUAUUUUUAUAGUCUUGAUGUUGGCGGUUUCGGGCAAAAUCUUUAAGCUUUGCAAAAACUCAAAAACGUUUCAAGAUAUUGAAAUGAAACUUGGUACACAUGUUACCAGAGAUAAUAUGCGCAUGUACAGCAAGACCCUUAACUCUUAAUAACUGUUGAGUUAUGCUCUCAUUUUCUGGUUGACCUACUUGACAAUCAGCUGCCAUCAAAAUUGACUUUUUAGGUGAACAUGCCCAAAUUCUUACCUCUUCCAGCACCAGUGAUUGGCAUUGAUAUUUCUGACAAGUCCUUGAGCAAGGCCGGAAAUAAUUUACAAGUGCAAAGCUCAGUGAUUGUGCUUAUUUAACUGUUUAUUUUGCAUCAUUUCAUCUUGCAACAAAAAGGUGCAUACUAGUAUAUACUCGCAAUUUUUCAUCUUUCACCUACUCCCCAGAUCAUAUCCAUUGCUCUUGUACAAAGACCUAGUGAUCAGGUAUUGACCACGGGCGACAGUCGAUUCGAGUAGGGACAGUUUCCUAUUUAUGACUGUGAAUUAAAGUUUAGAUUUUGAGGCAACACGUGGAAAUUAUAUGUGCUCAGUAAGUGAAUUGGUUAGAAGACAGUUAUUGGUUUGGAUAAGCCUAUGUAAGGCCAGGCCAAAUUCAUUAUAAUUUAUGUAUGUGAUGCUCCUUUGGGCGGGUAGACUUUCUGCCUUUCAAAUGACAUAAAAAAUUACCAAGAUGUAAAACAAAAGUCUGUCGGGUUGGUAGGUUUUCAAAUUGGAACCAUAUAAUCAAUUUGGUAUGGCCUUUAAUGAAUGCAGCAGCUUAAUAUUUUUAGUGUGCUUCAUAUAUUGUAGAACCAUAACUUUGUGGCAUAGUUUGUCAUUCCUAAUCUCCUUUCAUAUGACAGAACAGUUAAAAAUAAAGUGCAAAGGUUUUAAACUGCUCAAAAGUUUCAUUCAACACGCCAUUUUUAAAAAGUAAAUACAUUAUCAAUCUAAAAAAAAAUUCAAUUCUCGUAGACCUAAAGCUAGGAUAUCUUCAAAUUUAUUUAAAGAGACAAAUUUUCUGAAAUUUAGACUUAACUCUGAAAACCUCUGUCUGAAGUUUGUCAAAUUAACUUUUUGUGUAAAAAUUGGAAUAUCAAAAUUUCUAGCUUUUGUUUUUGACAUUGUCUGUAACAAAACUUUCAUGAGAACAAGAAAAAUGUAGAAAGAAAAACUUUGUUCUAGAAUAUGUGAAACGGGUCUUUGUUUGAUGUUUACUUUAUUUAUAUUUAGUAAUGUUCAAAGUGUUGAUGAAUUGAAUGGUAAUAAACUACAUUUUCCAGCAAAGUGACAGAAUAUGAUGCAACAUUGGUAAUUACUUUGUUUGUGUAUAUUUUAAUUAAAGGGACUAGACACCAGAUGAUACAAUAGCAAGAAGAAAAAAAAUGUCAAAAACUUACAUAAAUCCCUAUUGUGGUGUUCAACUUAUUAAAUAUUAAUUAUGACAAAUGUAUCUUUUGCAGUUUUUGCAUAAUUUUCCAACUCAAAAUUUACUUGGUUUGUCUACCACUUAAAACCAGUUAAUUUAAAAAUUGCCUCAGUAUAUGUAUCUGGACUAAUCACGUGACUUUCACAUGCUGAAUAUACACAUUAUAAAUUGGGAAACCAUGAUACGCUAUUUUUAAUUUGGUAAAAUCACCUGAGACAGCCACAAAAUAUUAUUUUUGUCAUGUAAAGUGAUAUAUUAUCGCCCUCAUACAAGCUCAAAUUGACAAUUCUAGGCUUGUUUUGAGGAAAACUAAUUGCUGAUUUUAUGACCAUCUGCUGUUUAGUCCCUUUAACAUGAUUAUAUUUUUAGAAAAUAAAAUGUGUUUUUCAAAGGA